AUGGAACUCAACCGAGACCGAGAACAUUUUCGCGCCAUAAUUUAUUACAACUUUCAGAGACAAUUAUCGCAACAAGAAUGCCUUGCUGAGUUACUGUCUGUUUUCGACAACGAAGCGCCACAUCAGUCGACAAUUUCCCGUUGGUAUGGAGAAUUGAAACGUGGACGGGUGAGUCUUAGCGACGAUCCCAGGGUGGGUGCACCAAAAACGGCAGUCACCCAGGAAACCGUCGAUGCUGUGCGCAAACUCAUCAUUGAAGAUAGACAUGUGACAUAUCGCGAGAUUGAGGCAUCCUUGAAGAUCUCAAAGACCUCAAUUCAAAAAGAUGUGCAUGAAGAAUUAGUAAAAAAAUUAGUUUCUCUUUGGAUACCCCACCUGUUGACUGAAGAGCAGAAAGCAGCCAGGGUUAAUUGGUGUAAAAAAACGCUUGACCGUUUCAAUUCCGGAAACUCAAAAAAUGUGUACAGCAUUGUUAGUGGUGAUGAAUCGUGGAUUUACUGUUAUGAACCAGAAAAUAAACGACAGUCGGCUGUUUGGGUGUUCCAAGUCAUCCGUUCUCGAAGUGUUUCGAAAAAGAUGGUCGCGACAUUUGUGUCAAAAGCGGGUCAUAUUGCAAAAAUUCCUCUUAAUGAGCAAAGAACUCUUACUGCGGAUUGGUAUACCACCAUUUGUUUGCCAAUAGUCAUCACCGAGCUUCGAAAAAUCAACCCCAAAAGAAGAAUCAUCCUCCACCAAGACAAUGCAAGCUUGCACACAGCCCAAAAAACAAGGCAGUAUUUAACAGAAGAAAACGUGGAAUUAUUGGACCAUCCUCCAUAUAGUCCCGAUCUAAGUCCUAACGAUUUCUUUACUUUCCCGAAAAUUAAAAACAGACUGCGUGGUCAAAGGUUCCAGUCACCAGAAGAAGCAGUUGACGCAUUCAAAAAUGCCGUUUUGGAUCUGCCAGCAAAAGAGUGGGAUAAGUGCUUCGAAAAUUGGUUCGAGCGCAUGCAGAUGUGUAUUAAUUUUCGUGGAGAAUACUUUGAAAAACAAUAA